AUGUCAGGAAUUCCACCAGAGAUUGAAGAGCACAACCGGCUGAUGCGAGAGUCAUUCACCGCCCUCGCGACGCCUCUCAACCUCACCCUCCUCCUCAUCCUCGUGAGCCUGGGGUACUGGCGUCUCCGACCGUCCGCGCCGCCGACGCUGCCCAAGGGCCCGUCGCCCAUCGUGUUCCAGACCUUCACGCCUCGCACGCUCCUCAAGUACAACGGCACCGACGGCAUGCCCGUCUACCUCGCGGUGCGCGGCAAGGUGUACGACGUCACCUCGGGCCGCAACUUCUACGGGCCCGGCGGACCCUACGAGAACUUCGCCGGCCGCGACGCCACCCGCGGCCUGGCCUGCCAGAGCUUCGACGAGGAGAUGUUGACAAAGGACCUCGACGGGCCCCUGGACCCGUGCGACGACCUGACCGCCGACCAACUCGAGAAUCUCAACGGGUGGAUUGAGAGGUUCGAUGAAAAGUACCUUGUCGUGGGAAAACUGUCGCCCUUUAAAAAGACGGAGUUCCACUAA